AUGAAAGAAAAAAUAUUUAAUAAAAUAAAUUUAAAUGAUAACAAAAAAUGGCAAAAAAGAUUUAAAUUUAAAGUUGAGGACUACAAUAACAUUGGAGUAGAAAAUGAAAAUCAACAAAUUUUAAACAAUUUAUUAAAUGAUAAGGUUGAUGAAGGAAACGAAGAAUUGUGGCUAUGGGAUAAUAAUAUUAAUUUGAUUAAUUCAAAUGUUGUACAAUUUAAAAAUAAUGGAUAUUCAAUACUUUUCCAUCCAGAAUAUUCUGUUGGAACAGCAGCAAUUCGUUCAAAAAUUUCAUUAACCAAAAAUUCUUUGGCUUUUUGGGAAAUUUAUGUUGAAAAUAUUUUUGGGUCUUCAAUGAUGUUUGGAAUUGGAACAGAAAAUUCUUUAUUAAAUGCUUCAUUAGUUUUUGCUAAUUUAUUGGGUGGUUAUAGUACUGAGAAUUUUAAUGAAUUUGAAAGUUAUGGGUUAUCUCAUAAAGGAAUAUUUUACCAUGGUGGAAUUGGUUAUAAAUUUUGUGAACCAUUUCCUGAAAAUCUUCCUUGCCGUGUUGGAAUAAUUUUUGAUGGAAUUAAACAAAAAAUUGGAUAUUUUCUAAACAGGAAUUGGUUGGGUUGGGCACCUAUAAAAUUAGAAUUUUUUGAUAAAAAGCAUAAACAACGUUUAUUUUAUCCAAUGGUUGCUAGUACCGGUCAACGUUCAUUAUUUACAAUUUUAAAUGGUUUAAUAAGCGUUCCUUCAUUAAAACAAAUAUGUCAACAAAAUAUUUUAAAUAAUAUUUUGAAACAAAAAGAAGGAAAUCAACAAAGAAAUAUUAAUAAUUUAAUUAAUAAAUUAAAUUUACCGAACAAAAUUAAAUUUAAAUUAAUUAAAAAAAGUUUAAUUAAAAAUAACAACAAAAAUAAAUUUAGAAAAAGGAAAAUAAUUAAAGUAAAACAACAAAAAUAUUUAUUUAAAAGGAAAGAAGAAAAUAAUUGUUGUAGUAAGGAUUUAUUUUCAUUGCCAAUUAAAUUAACUUUACUUCCCAAUUUAAUUUAA